GUUGGAGCCACGCCAGCUCGUAAUUUCGCCGGCUUUUAAUAAGAAAUUGUCACAACUCGAAGGCUUUAAGAUAUUAAUACUAAACGGCGUCUACAACUAUGAUAGUGAGAUAAACAUAACGCGAAGGGGAUAAUGACGUCACAAAACAAAAGAAGGUAACCCUCCAAAAUGGAUGUGGAUCAUGUAGUACUUGAUAAAGAAGCGAUCAGUCGUUUCGAACAGUAUACGUUGGCAAAGCCAUCGCUAAACGGAGGAAUUCCUUUGGACAGAAGCCAAGAUGGAGACUCCAUGGUAUCUAAUAGCAGGAAGAAAGCGCAAAUAUCGCGCCAGAAAGUCGUUUGCUGUUUUUGUUUCAAAACAACAAAAUACAGAAGGAAACAAUUCAUUAUCGGCUCACUUACCAACGUCGUGAUAUUCACUGUAUUACUGGCGUACACUUUCCUCGGAUCCUUUAUAUUCCUGGCAAUAGAAGGCGGCUCGGAAACGCCAGCACGACCACGCUUAUUACCCGACAGGCAGAAAAUCACCCACAAAGAUCAAAACAGCACAUCCAAAAAGCUCGCAGACGACGAUUACGAAUAUGGAAAUUUGACAUUAUCAGCAAAUUACUUUUGGGAUGCGAGGAGUAAGGCGGUUGAAAAUAUCUGGGAGAUUACAGUGUCGUUAAAUAUACUGUACAGAGAGAAUUGGACUCGGCUAGCUGCACAAGAGAUUCUAAAAUUUCAAAAUGAGCUCGUGCAAAGGGUGACUAGCGAAAUGGCGUCACAAUACGGCGUUAGUUACAAAGAGAUGGCGUUGGGGGAAUUCGGAGGCGAUGCCAGCAACCAUUAUGAGGAGCACGAGUGGAAUUUGGCACUUGCGUUCUUUUACUCACUAACUGUUUUAACCACUAUAGGUUAUGGCAACAUCGCACCAAGAACAAUAUUAGGGAAAGGGGUAACCAUCUUGUAUGCAUUAGUCGGAAUACCUCUAACCCUGGUAUAUCUCUCGAGCGUCGGAUCUCUACUCUCCAAAAUGGCUCGAAGCGUCUUCAGCAGAGCGUUGUGCUGCUGCCUCUGCUCCAACUGUGGCUACUGCUGCUACGACGAGCGGCGAAUGGCUGAAAAAGAACGAAGAAUGAAGCUCAAAAGGCAACAAGAAGAAAUGCUCAACAGUCAAAACACAAGCAAAACUCCAACAGAGGAAUGCUACGUGCUAAAACCUGACAGCCAAAAAGAUUUAUCACUAUCAGAGCGACCCACAACGAGCACAGCCAAAGAUGAUAUCAUAAGCUGGCCAGACACAGAUUCGAAAUUGUCGAUGCACGGCUUGAGCAUACUAGCUCCUGUUUUGCUCUGUCUCGCCGCCAUCUUUAUAUACAUCGUCGCCGGGGCUAUUGUACUAUUCAAACUUGAUAACCUGGGGAUCGUUGACGGAUUUUAUUUUUGUUUCAUGGCCUUAAGUACCAUAGGUUUUGGUAAUAUUGUUCCUGGUAUGAGUUAUACCACUAUCAAUGGUAUAAGAUAUUACACUAUUAAUUCUACUACAUUGUGGUUCUGUUCGGCAUACACUUUGACAGGAUUGGCUCUGACUGCCAUGUGCUUUGGAGUUAUACAUGAUGAGAUUAUCUAUAGAAUAAAACAUCAGCAAAAGGAGUGGUCGCAAAAGAGCAACACUGUUAAUGACGAGGUCAAUCUUAAUGAUGCGUUCUACAUGAAUUCCUGACAAAUGUUUAACAAAAGCAAAUCUGAGAACUUGUACAGUAUAAUGGAAGAUAGCUCAGUAGAUCGUAAUAGAAUUGAAAUUGAUAAUAGGGAAGUAGUUCUUAGUGUAGACGAUAUGCAAGGAGCAAUGGAGAGUGCUACUGAUUUCCCUCCUCCACCACCCGAAGAAGAAAUCGUGGCCAUUGUAACCAAAAAGGAACCUAAAGGUUUUGGUAAUAUGGUUGCAUACAACGCGCUUCCAGAAAUGCUCGAGCACGUUAACACAAACUGAAAGACUUGGUAAAUUUUUUACUAUUUUGAUUCAUUUAUUUCUAUUAAUUUACUGGCUGUGAAAUGUAUUGAUUCUCUAUAUUAUACAAUGUCUUUUUAAAGGAAAAUAUCAUUGGUCAUAUUUACUUUUCCAAGUAAUCUUGUAUAUAAUGCUAAAUUGUAAAUAAUUGUAUAUAUUAGCUAUAGAUACUAAACGAUGUCUAACAUCUUUUAUCUAAAUCUAUUUGUCGACAAGUUAAAUAUCAGAAGCGUAAUUGUAAAGAUUUCCAUGUGAUUAGUUUCUUUGUA